AUGUUUAACGCCCUGAAGACACGAAGCGAUGCCAUUGCUGCUAAACUCAAUUCUCUCCCGGAAAGUCCUGCUGCUAUUGACUGGGAUAAGUACAGGAAAGCCGUUGCCUUACCUGGCAUGGUUGAUGAGUUUGAGAAGAAAUUUUCGUCAGUGAGCAUCCCUGAACCUGUCGACACACAGACCAGCUCAAUCAAUGCCCUGGAAGCUGAGGCUAACCAGGCAGCUGCUGCCUAUGUUGAGCAAUCUAAGGCUCGCAUUGCCAGCUAUGAGAAAGAUCUGGAUAAAUUCAAGAACAUGAUACCAUUUGAUCAAAUGACCAUAGAAGACCUCAAUGCCACUUUCCCUGAGACCAAACUGGACAAGCAACCGACAACAGCAAUUGACGGAGUCCAUCAGCCCAGUGGACGUUGA